GUGCGGCCAUUAACAAUUGGUGUGCUUGGCGGUAUGAAAAGUAAACUAUACGGCGGCGUGUUCACCAUCUAAGAUUAAAGAAGUUUCAAUAUUGGAAUGAAUAUAUUUCCAUGAAGGAAAUUUGGCUCUAAAUUCUAUCAACAGAAAAAAAGAUGUGGAUGUGGAAGAGUUCUCAAUCUCCAAUCUUUUCUCUGUGUAUAAUUUGAAGGAAGAGAAAAAGAGGCGUAGCAAGCAGAAUUACCAUGAAAAGAAAGAAUUUUCAAUCGGCCCAGCAACUAGAGGUGAUUGGAUUCUGAUCAAGAAGAAUUUAAUAACAGUUAAAAAUUUUAUUCAGUGUUGAAGAAAGAAAGAAAAAAAUAUAAAUUUUUGUAUAAUAUAAUGAAAGAAGAAAGGAAGACUAGUGAAAAGAUUUGAAUAAGUUGCUAGAAUCAUAAUCAGAGUAUGAUUUUGCAGUAAUGAAUAGGUUGUUGGGAACAAAAUGGAAAAGAAAUUUUUUAAGUGAUUCUUGCAAAAACUUUGAUAUCUUUAUUGCCAUGUCAUUUGGGGCAAAGUAACAAAAGUUACAAUAUGAAUUUUUGAAAGAAAUAUUUUCACAUUGUUUGUCUUUGGUAGUCUUCAAAUAUAGUUAUAACUUUCUUCGAAUCAAAGAGAGAUCAUUUCAUUGCAAAAUGGACCAUAGAAGAAAAUUUUUCAAAUUCAUCUGGAAAAUAAAGGAUUUUAGUUUUGUUUUUAACAGAACUUUUAGCUUUGAAAGUCCAACUUUCUUUGUACAAGAAUUGCGUGGAACUAAAUGGAAUAUAGUGCUUUAUAAUGAACAGUCUCCACUUUUUGAGAGCAUCGUAUGCAGGUUGCAGAGGCAGAAUUAUGACUUCGGUCCUGAACAUAUUCAAAUAAAUUAUGAACUUUCUUUUAUUUCUGGUGAUGGAACUGUUAUAUGUUCUCAAUUAUUCAUUCACAAAACGUACACUAGAGGUAGUUCUCAUCAUUUGUCAUUCAUAGGCGUUGAUAAAACAAAAAUGAUUAUGCAUAAAAAGUUGUCUUUACCUAACGAUACACUAACGAUUCGCUGCAGAAUAUGGAAAUGCGUGGGAGUAAAUUCUGAAGCAGUAAGAUGUACUGUCGAAAGCCGGAUUCAUACCGAACGUAUAUCUGUUACUGGGACUAUUGAGAACUUCUGCAAAUUAAAGACAAAUAGUAAAAAUAUGGUUUGCAUGGAUUCAUCAUCAAAGGAAAUUGUUUCAUCUAUGAAUCUCUGCAUAGAUUACGAUGGUAAACUUGACUUUCAAAUUAAACCUGUCAAUUGUGUUGUAAAAACCCACAAAUUUCGUAUUUUCAUCUUGGAUAACUUUAAAAAUAAACUGAAAGUUUGUCAGGGUGAAAUCUUUGACACAGAGUCACUGUUAAUCCCUCUUAACUUAUCAAUAGAAUACUUGAUGGAAAAUAAAGAGCUAUAUCUUCCACAUGAUGUGCUCACUAUACAGUGUGAAUUUGUUUUUCCUGAAGGCAAUGUACUGCAGAUAAUACAUGGCAACUUAUAUCAAUACAAUUCCGAAGAUAUACAACCAGUAUUUACUAAUGUAAUGAAUAGGGAUAUAUGUGAAGAACACCUCACCGAAAGCAUGACUACUUUGAAGGGUGGCUUGCUUUCACUGUUCAAUGAAGGCUCCUUGUGCGAUAUCGAACUCAAGGUAGAUACUGAAACCUUUCCAGCCCAUAAAGUUAUUCUGAGUGCUCAUUCUCCUGUCUUCAAAUCUAUGUUUACCACUGACAUGAUAGAGAAAAGAGAUAGUUCCAUUGAAAUAAAAGACUUAGAUGCUGAUACGGUGCGUCAAAUGCUUUUAUUUAUGUACUCAGAAAAUCUAGAUAAACUAGACUAUGAGAAGGCCAAAAGUUUGUACUUUGCAGCUGACAAGUACAACAUUGUCUCAUUAAAGCAGAAGUCCUCAAACUUCUUGAAGGAGAAUCUUCCAUUUUUAAACUGUUGUGACAUUCUUCUCUUAGCUGAAAAACACCAAGACCACGAUCUUAAAAGCUAUGUUGAAGAUUUUAUUGCAAAGAACGAUGAAAUAAUUCUUUAUUCUGAUGCGUGGAAGGAAUUGGAGAACACUCAUCCUUGGCUCACAACAGAAGUUCUCCGUGCUAUAUAUAUGAAAAACCGGAGAACCUGAGAGUAUAUUCAGUGACCAUCUUUCGAAAAGUUUGUUGUUGUUGUUUUCCAGAUCAGCAUGAAGUUAUUGAAGUCUUUGGCCAUACUAUGAAAGAUACUUAUUCUGCUGGGGGAAAAAAUCUUCUGCUGGGAAUAAAAAUCGUCUGCUUCAAAAAACUCCUUGGAUAUUUUUUUUUUUAUCUUUGUGUAAUAUUAUACAAAUAAAUAUUUUUUUUU